UGUUAUAAAAAGGCGAGUAUCUGAGACAGGAGAGCGAGAGACCAGCCGGUUCUUCUACAGAUAAAGAUCUCUGUACAAAGAUCUCCUCCUGUGAUCAUCUCACAUCUUCUACUGAACUCCAACAUCAAGUUCCAGCAGCUUGUGGACUGCAGGUAGAUUUCUGCUCUCCAUCAUCUGGUGCAAACUUCACACAUUCUUCAUCACACAUUCAUCUCACACACUCUUUAUCUCACUCUCAUCACACUCCUCAUCUCACACUCUUCCUCAUCACACACUCCUCCACCGUGUGUCAGGAUGAAGCUUCUCGCUCUGGUGCUCCUGCUCUCCACUUUCUCCUCACUGACCCUUACGAAGGUUGUGAUAAAUUUUCAAAAGUCUUGUCCCAUGUUCUUCAUCCGAAGCCCAAAUGGUAAACAAAUCAUCACCCCGACUGUUUUCAAAGGCUCUCAGUAUAAGCAGAUUUGUCAGUUCCUGAACAACAAAUACACAUUUGCUACGCUGUAUGACACGAACAAUAGGAUCCCCGUCUACUCAGCCUACACGUUCUUAGGGGGAAAUCCACCAAUUCAGAGCGAAGUGUGGAAAAAUGAACCACAGCUGGAAAACAUAAGGAACGAUCCAGAAAUGAGGAAGAUCGCCAAUGAUGAGAUGAAUGGGUUUUUAAACCAGGCUGUGGACAGAGACUUUAUAGAAAAUGACAUUUAUUAUUCUAGAGGUCAUGUGUUUCCAAAUCAAUAUGCUGCUGAUCAGAAUCAGGCAGACUCCACCUUCACAUUUACCAAUAUAGCACCACAAACACAACACAGCAAUGACGAAUGGGCAACAGAAGUAGAGACACCGAUGAGGGCAGAGAUACAGAGAGUGUGCAGACAAAACAAUAAAAUCGAGGCAUUUAUAGUGUCUGGAGUAGUUCCAGGGAAUAAAUGGAUACCCAUAAGGAGAAAGGAUAAGAUAAUUGAUAAAGGCGUUAACAUUCCCAUUUUUUACUGGACUGCGUUCUGUUGUUACACCAAUAGGGACACGAAAAUUUCAAGAGCCUACCUCGUUCGGCAAAAUGAACCGAACCCCAAAUCUUAUGAAAUAACCCGUUUGAGUGUUGAUAUUCUGAACAGACGACUCCGCAGUCUGUAUAAUCUGAAUAAUCAGGAUUUCAAAGUAUUUGGUGAUUUGUGUUUGACUUGA